AUGCGUUCCUUCCUCUUUUUAACGCCGCUGCUUGGCUUGCUUGCCACGGCUAGUGCGACGCCAUCGACUGCACAGCUUGGCGAUAUUACUGUUCUGGCGCAGAACAACCUAAGAAUCAGUGAUGCCUCCAAAACCAGCGCAACACUCCUCUUAAGCUCAAGGAAGCCCUACAGUGCCGCUGAACAAGCCUGCUCGGCUCUGAGCGAACAGCUUUGGUCGCCUAACGUACAGAACUUCGAUGCUGGGUUGAAUCAGUCCCUAGCUUAUGAGGUCUUCGCUGGACAUUUGGCGGCCGAUCAGCUGCUUUGGAUCGCUGCAGAUACCCUACCAUCGGGAUGGCAACAUCACCACCGUAGGCCACAAUGUCAGGCCAUUGAUGUCAAGGGUCAAUGCCAUACGGUAGACUGCAACUCUCAGCUACCUGCCUUGUGUACACAGAGCGCCACACCAUCGAACAGCACUUUCGCCAACACGACUGCUCCGUUCCAGGUAGCGCAGGCCGUUGGCCAGCAGACUCUGGUUGGCUAUAGAGACUUUUAUACCUUCCGCUUCGAGGGUGUAAGAUUCGCCGAGGAGCCGGAGAGGUUCACGUACUCGAGCGUAUUUACCAAUGCUACUGGUGUCAACAACGCUCUCAAUCCCGCCCCGGAGUGUCUGCAAGCUCCCAAUAACGGCAGCACCGAUUGCUUGUUCCUCAACAUCUGGACCACGAGUCUACCCUCCGAGCAGCCGGCCAAGAAGGACCUCAAGCCUGUGAUGGUAUAUAUCUAUGGUGGUGGCUUCGCUACUGGAUCCGCUAGCAACCCCACGAAUGAUGGCAGCAUGCAGGCAUCUCGUGGCGAUGUCGUCGUCGUUGAUAUUGCGUAUCGCUUGAACAGUCUUGGCUUCCUGGCUCUGGACGAUGGGGUGCACAAUGGCAAUUAUUGGAUAUCGGAUUUGAUCUCCGGGCUUGAGUGGAUACAGAAGUACAUCUCAUAUAUGGGAGGCGAUCCAGAAAAAGUGAUGAUCUUUGGCGAAAGUGCCGGUGCCGAAAGUGUGCAAGCCCUUCUCGCUUCGCCAAAGGCCAUUGGUCUUUUCCGUGGCGCCCUUAUGCAGAGCAACUACUAUCAGCCUUACGUGCCAGUAGCUCAAGCCGUGAAUCGGACCACCAAUGCCAUCCUGCGUGAGACUGGCUGCAAUACGACGACGAAUCAGCUUGCCUGCUUGCAGGCAUACAAUGCGACCGCUCUGAUCAACUUACCCACAAACUUCAACUACCCAGUCAUUGAUGGUACAUACCUUACGAGCUCUUACAUCAAUCUCAAUGCUAGCGCUGCUGGGAGGGACAUCUCUUCUGUCCCAGUCAUCUCGGGAGUCAACCGUGACGAAGAGGGUGUGCUGAUCCCAAAUUUCGAUACCACGAAUCUCACACAGAGUAUCGUGGAUCUCGCCGCCUCGCAAGGCUACAGUACUGCGGAGCUCAACGCCAUCCUCACGCAUCUCGAUGAGUUCCCACUGGGCAGCACACCAUCGAACAACAACACUUUAAUCAACCAGGUCUUCAAUACCACAGUUCGUAUUGCAACAGAUGGCGGCUUCCACUGCAGUGACGAGAACACUAUCAUUGCAGCAGCGAGCACUGGCAUCUUUCCGAAGACAUGGUUCUUCGAGUUCAACAGGACUUACCAAGAUCCGGGCUACAACAUGAACGGCGCGUGUCAGGCUCCCGUCACCUCGACUCAUCCUGCUGGUGAUCCCGAACUAGAGUACUUCAAAUGCCAUGCCGGAGACUUGUCCAUCAGCUUUGGCACUUUCGCUAGAAGUGGCUUUCCGGAGCGUGAUCAGUACGAUAUCCCGUUCGCCCAGCUGACGGUCGACUACUGGACUGCCUUUGCACGGGAGCUCGACCCAAACCCGAACCCAGCCUUCCUCACUGCUCGAGGCUAUUGGGAUACGCUCCGCCAAACCACAAUCGCCGGUCCUUGGAAUGCGGUGAAUGCAAAGCAGCCAGAAAUGAUGGAGUUGCAGUGGAACGGUGCCAUGAGGCCUUUCCCAGACGCCGCGCAGUGUAGUGUACUAGGCCAGCCGCUCGAUGCUCUGUUGCAUUAA